UUGUUGUCUUGCAAACGUGUAACAAAUGUCGAUCCACAUAGCAAAGAUUCAGUGUGACUGAAAAAUUGCAAAAAUGAAACUAACGGUAUUAAGAUGAAUUUCGUGUCGUUUGUGUCCUUCUUCACAUUUCUAUUUAAUAUUAACGUAUAUUGUCAGGACGAUGAUGGUCCGUACCGUGGAAAAUUCCUAGGAAAACUUAACUCUUACCACCAUCAAGUUGCUGGAGACGUUUAUGCCGUUAACGAUUGGACUCUACUCAUAACUUCCUUUAGCUACGACGGAAAUGGAGCAGACACGUUCUUUUGGGCGGGUGCAGCCAAUAGACCAGGUCCUCAAGGAUUUAUCGUCCCAGAUUCAAAUGGAAAGACAAACGUUCUAGAACGCUAUUUCAACAAAGACUUCACCUUGAUUCUCCCAGAUAAGAAAAAAAUUACCGAUAUCAAAUGGUUCGCCAUCUAUGACAUUUGGAGUCAAAAUACUUUUGGCGAUAUUUAUAUCCCAGAGGGAUUCGAACCGCCAACCAUUCAAAAAAUAUCCACAUUAGUUGGAAAAGUUAAUGGUAUAACUACGGAGUCGGUUGACAUUUUGGAUGCCAAACGCAUAAGACUGAAUCAAUUUACGUACGAUGGAAAAGCAAAGAAGGCGUUCUUUUGGGUUGGUGUUGGAGCGCAGCCUGUUUCUAAAGGUUUUAUAGUUCCUGAUGAAUAUGGGUACCUGGAUCCUUUGAGAUCAUACAAAAAUUUAACUAUUAUAUUGGAACUACCUGGAGACAAAACAAUAUUUGAAAUAGACUGGUUUAGUAUUUUUGAUCACGAAACCAAACAAAAUUUAGCGUCAGUAAUUAUACCUGAAGCUUUAAAUGUUCCUCCAUCUUUAAUAAAAAUAAUUCCUCAUAAAAACGAUUUACCAAAUUGUCUGCAACUUCACAAAGACUUUCAAGUAUCUUGGGAAAUUUUCGGCCCUGCAAUUACGAUUCAGUUAGCAGGCCAAGUAGGAGAAGAUGAGUACAUGUCUUUUGGUAUAUCUGGAUCAAGUGAUAAAAGCCAAAUGAUUGGAGCUGAUGUAGCAGUAGCGUAUAUUGAUGGAUUUAGAGGAUUUGCAAAUGAUUAUAACAUUACAGCUCUCACACCGUGUGUCAAAGUUUUGGGCCAAUACAAAGGAGUAUGUAAAGAUGAAGUAGUAGGAGGCCAAGAUAGUAAUCAAAUGAACACAGCCGUUAGAGAGAAUGGUAUAAAUAUAAUUACAUAUAGGAGAUCGCUAAUUUCUCCUGACCCUGGUGAUAAGGAAUUUCCUGCAGAAGGUUUCAUAUAUGCCAUCUGGGGAAUAGGAAAAUUAGAUGAAAUGAAAGAACCAGCUUUCCAUGACUUAUAUUCGAAGACUGAUAUUAAAAUUGAAUUAAAUCCAAAAGAACCACAAAAUAACUGCCUUUCGUUUACAAGAUCCAAAUUAGAACCAAGGGAGCCGUGGAAAAAAGGACAAAUAUUUGAUAAAACAAUUAGAAUUUUCAAUUCUUAUAUCGGCCCUUCGGGUGGAAAAAAGGGAUAUCAGGCUAUAACAGGUCAUCCAUCUACUGCUUUGGCAUGGUACAUCAACGGAAUGAUAUCUCCAGAAAUAUGGCUCCGAAGAGGUUUAUCUUACGCCUUCAAGGUAUAUGGAGGUAAUAACCCUCAUAGCGCUGAAUACUACCAUCCUUUAAUUAUAACUGAUGAACCCCAUGGUGGCUUCGACCGACUGACAGACGAGGCUCAAUCCAAAAUAAGAGUUUUGGUCGGUGUAGAAUAUUCUAGGAGAGGAAGACCUAGGCCAACAACUUCCGGUCCACUCUGCUUAGCUGAACACAAACCAAACCAAGACAGAAGACUUGAUGAUGACUUUGAAACUUUCAAAAAGUUUAAUCGUUCCCUAAUAUCUCACUGCGAAAAGGGAGACCCUGGAAUUUUAGAAUUCACUCCAAAUACCUCCUGGCCAGAUAUCGUUUACUACAACUCCUUCACUCAAGCAAACAUGGGCUGGAAAAUACAUAUCGUCGAUAGCUUUAAUCAAAGACAAAGUUCACCAAGCGAAAAAUUAGUGUUAAAUAAUUUUUUAUAUUUUGCUUCUAUGUAUUUAAUUGUUAAACAAUUAAGUCAAAUAUUUAUUUAAAAUGUCAUCUGCUAAAUUUCCGGCAAUUUUGAUCUUUUAUAUAUAAAUGCUAAUCAAAAUACCUGAAAAA